UGCAAGCGCUGCUGGUCCUGGACGGAGAAUGGGGUCUGUGGAAGCACAACCUAUCAAGUGUGAUGUGCGAUGAGUGGGUGACAGAGGACGCAAUUGCGCAUUGUAAUCCACAAGGCAUGGUUACUUCCCUUUACCUCAUGGGCACGACUCUCAAUGGAAGUCACCUGUGCAACAUCAGGCGCUUCACUGCACUCACAACCCUGGUCAUUGGUAAACCUCCGUGGGAUUCCCAGUGGAUUGGUGCAGAUUACGACGUGCCAACAGGGGACUAUGACUACUCUUCUGAUCCAUACGUUGAGCCCAACCCAACAGACAGCAUUCCCGUGAAUCAGUCAACCAUGGGUCCCCCUGUGAUGCAAGGCUCCAUGGACGACCUCUCAUGUCUCGCCCCACUCACCCGCCUCCAGACACUCUCCCUCACGAAUCUCAACCUGACUGCUGGAGAGCUUCCUUCCUCUCUCUCUGCACUUACUUCACUCAGGCAUCUUGACCUAAGCUUCCUUCGCAUCACCCGCCUACCGCAAUGGAUCAGUUCACUCUCCAGGCUCGCCUAUUUGGAUGUCACCGGCAGCUUUGAUGUCCACCUCAUUGCACCAUUCCCCACCGAAUGGAUGGCGCUCACAGGACUGGCGGCUUUGCGGGUCGGUCUGAAUGGCUUCACUGGCUCUAUCCCCUCCACCAUCUCCGCCCUCACUGCCCUCUCAAACCUGGAUCUCCAUUACAACAGCCUUUUAGGGAGCAUCCCUGCUGGCAUCAGCAACCUCACUUCCCUGCAAUAUCUGCAGCUCUCCCACAACAAUCUCGCCGGCGCCGUCCCAGCCCUGGAUCUCGCACACUUCGUAGACCUCUCCCACAACCACCUCACCACCAUGCCUCCUAACAUCGGUUCCUCUGAGAUCAAUCUGAGCCACAACGACCUUAAAGGAUCCGUACCCGCCUAUGGCUUCUACCAAUUAAAUAACAUAGACCUCAGCUACAAUCCUCUGAAUGAAAUCUCGGAUGCGCUUUUCCUAGACUAUUCAGUGGCUGUAGUGGAUUCACUGAAUUUCGGAUCAUGCAACUUCUCAGGCCCCUUUCCAUGGUUGCCUGCCCUAAGAUUUAUAAACAUUGACGUGUCUAACAACAGCUUCACUGGACCCUUCCCCGACGUUCUCCUGAAUGUUGACGCCUUCAGCUAUCUAACAAACAUCAACCUCUCACACAACAACUUCACGGGGUCACUUUCACCAAUGAUAUAUGAGAUGACCUUGUUGGAAACAUUAAACAUCUCCCACAACCGCUUUUCUGGUGCUGUUCCAAGUGACGCUUGGGCCUUGUCUUCCCUGAAAUCCCUCUCCAUGGCUCACAACCAGCUCGAGGGGCCGCUUCCUAAUCAAAUGGGUUUCGUAAAACUCACUGUUCUCGAGCUUCAAGGCAAUGCAUUCUCCGGACCGCUACCCGACCUUGCGCAUUGGAAAUUCACAUCUCUUCUUGUGCUCGAUGUGAGCGACAACCAGCUCAAUGGCUCCCUCCCUGACUCCAUCUCCCGCUUUGUGACGCUGCAGCACCUGGGCAUUGGAGGCAACAAAUUGAGUGGCCCCAUACCUGCUGGCCUGGGUAGACUUAUUGAGCUGACGUCCCUGAACAUCUCAGGCACACGGUUGACCUGCCCAGCAGACGGCAGCAAGUGUGUGGUACAGCAGGCCAGCAACUCCAGCUUCUGCCGCCUCUGCUCCUCCUUCUGCUCCUCCUGCACGCCCCGUCUGU